UGGCCGCGUACUCCUAGAAACUUCAGCGCUUGCUUGGGGACUGCAGGCAGCAGCCGAGCAGCGGGGUUGGAGGAUCUGCGGGGUACCUACAGGUCGGUGCCCGUGUCCUUUUCUGGAGCAGGGCCUAGCUUUCUCUCUUUGAGCACCGGCUGGACACGCAGAGACUUAGCUGCACCUGUUACUGCAGAGGCAGAGAGAGGGAGCUGGGCGUUCGGCUCAGUGUCCCACCCACAGAAAUAUCUGGGUGGGUUCUUUGGCGGUUGCUGCCCAUCCCCAGCUAUCUUGCAUGGGUGUGUUUUGGAAGAUAAUCGCUCCGCUGCCUAGAUCAUAAGACUCGGCUACAUAGCCUGGGCUUAAACAAGCAAACAGAACAGCCCCAAGGACCUGGAUCCGAGAAGAGCUUUGACACGGAUGUUUUCCAAUCCCCUCGUGAUUCCAAAGGUGUUAAAAAGGUCAGUGCCCCAGUGACUGGCUGGCAAAAUUGCCCCCAGACUGUCAAUUUCUGAGUUGCACCCAGCUCUGGGGAAUACGGACACAGCCAAGCAUCAGGUGAACUAGGUCAUCCUUGCCAGGUGCCACGAGAUUCAGCUCCUGGAACCUACGUCUGACGCUCCGGCUGCUCCUGGCCCACGGGUGGCUGGCGCGAUGGAGCUGGGGGGAGCAGCCACUCUUGUCCUGGCGGCUGGCGUUCUGUGCCUGGCUCUCCUCUGGGAGUGGAAACGGCAGCAGGAAAGCAGCAAAUUUCCCCCCGGACCGACUCCUCUGCCACUUCUGGGCAACGUGCUGCAGCUGAGCAGGAGGGACCUGUUCACCUCGCUGAUGGCGCUGCGGGAGAAGUACGGCCCGGUGUUCUCGGUGCUCCUGGGCCCGCGGCGGGUGGUGGUGCUGUGCGGGCACGAGGCCGUGAAGGAAGCCCUGGUGGAUCACGCGGAGAAGUUCAGUGGCAGAGGAGGCAUGCCCACAUUGGACAGGAUCUUCCAAGGUUAUGGGGUCAUCUUAGCGAACGGCGAGCGGUGGAAGCAGCUCCGCCAGUUCUCUGUCGCCACCCUGCGGAGUCUGGGGAUGGGGAAAAGGAGCCUCCAAGAGAGGAUCGCGGAGGAAGCUCUGUGUCUGGUGGAGGAGAUCAGGAAAACCAACGGUUCUCCCUUCGACCCCAGCCGCCCCGUCAGCCACGCCGUCGGCAAUGUGAUCUCCUCCAUUGUCUUCGGGGACCGCUUCGACCACCAGGACCAGACCUUCCUGACCUUACUCGACGUCAUCCAGAACCUCUUCCUGGAGCUGACCAGCCCCUGGACACAGUUCUACGAGAUGUUUCCAGGCAUCAUGCGCUUCUUACCCGGCCCCCACAACCGGAUUCUUCAGCACGUCAAGGUGCUGCACAACUUCGUCACCGAGCGGGUGCAGAGGAACCAGAAGACCUUGGAUCCUGGCUCUCCUCGGGAUUACAUUGACACCUUCCUCAUCAAGAUGGAAGAGGAAAAACAAAAUCCGCAGAGUGAAUUCCACACAAAGAACCUGACGCUGAGCGUAGUCCACUUGUUUUUCGGUGGGACAGAGAUGGUGAGCGCCACCUUGCGAUAUGGGUUCCUGCUCCUGAUGAAGUACCCAGAGGUACAAGAAAAGGUGCAUCAGGAAAUCGAUGGUGUUGUCGGCCGGAACCGCAGCCCCGCCGCUGAGGACCGAAGCCGGAUGCCCUACACCCACGCCGUGAUACACGAGAUCCAGCGAUUCAGCAACAUCCUCCCGCUGGGGAUUCCACAUGCAGUGCUCCGAGACACCCAGUUCCGGGGCUACAUACUCCCCAAGGGGACAGAUGUUUUCUGCGUGCUGGGCUCCGCCCUCCGGGACCCCAGACACUUCAGGGACCCAGAACGCUUCAACCCUGGGAAUUUCUUGGAUGAGAAUGGCGGCUUUAAGAAGAACCAUGCUUUUGUGGCUUUUUCCUCAGGGAAGCGGGUGUGUCUGGGCGAGGGUCUGGCCCGCAUGGAGCUCUUCCUGGUCUUUACCUCCGUCCUGCAGCACUUCACCUUGCAGUCGCCCAUCGACCCCCAGGACAUUGACCUCACCCCAAAAGCGAGUGGAUUUUGGAACAUACCUCCCAAGUACAGGGUCUGUGCCCUCCCACGCUGAGUCGUCAUCAGCGGACAUGCCAGGAGAGCAGUUAUUGAUCGUGAAACAAACAGGGUAAGCGUGUGAUGGCCCCAAGGCUGGACCUGUGUAAAUGAGGAAGCUUUUCCAUGGUACAAUCUCAUUUGCAGGUCUUGACGCUGAACAUUCCUGGCCAAUUUACCUCAGGCGUUCACUCAUGUUUUUUCUUUUUAAUGCCAAGAUAUCCCUGAAGCCGUGUACAGUUCUGGUAUGGAGAGAGGGUGGGUCCCAAUCCUGCAAACACUCCCACAUGCACGAUGGCUGAACUCGAUUGAAACUGACAUGGAAGCUCUCGCUGUGACAGCUCGAGCUGGCCAAAACACACAGACAUGUCCUUCGAGAAAAAAAUUAAAUAUAUAUUUUUAUUUCGGAAAGCUGUGAGUGGGGGAGGGGGAAUGAAAAGGGGAGAGAAUGGGGCUCACCAAGAUGAUGUGAAACAUUUUGACAUGUUUUACUGUCAAAUUAAAACUUUGGACUAAAUUUGUAUCUUGGUCAAAGACAUUUUUCAUCAGAAAAAAACCUUGCCGUGGGAACAGCAGAUUGAUGCUGAAAGAGGUGACCCCCAGAGGGGAAGGGAAACCCUGCUUCUUCAGGUCAGAAAGAACAGGGUAACCCCCCUGCUUCACUGAUUAGGGCUUGCAACAUGCUUUGAGAUCCGCACAUGCCAGGGACUAGAGACAAACAAAAUAUGAGCAUCCGCUCGGAUUGGAAAGCAUGAGCUGAGCUGGGGGGAGCGUGGUCUAAUGGUUAGAAGGGCAGACGGGGAAGCAGGACAGACGGAUUCUGUUCCUGGUCAGGUACUGUGUGUGAGACCUCAGACGGGUUCUCACUCGGUGAACCCCACCGGUUACUUCCCAUUUCUUUGUACACACAUGGAUAGCUGGGGGCUUCAGGGGCUGAAUCUCUGUCUAUUGUAUUUCCUGCUCCAAACACGGGGCAUGCAGAUCAAUAAACUCUAUUUUGGUACCAGG